GCCGCGAUCUGGACUGAGGCGGAUGAGACCAGAAACCUUUGUUCUGCUUCUCCUCCCAACGCGAGAACGGAAACCAGCGGCUGCCAAUGCUCCCUGCAGAGCCGUGUUGUUGUGGCUCGGGCCCGAUGAGCGCUUUGCAACACCGAAAUUAGCAGAUUUUAAUUAACAGGCUUCAUUUCUUUUCUUUUUUUUGUCUGGAUCGCUACAACCGGAGGGGGACGUCGGCUCGCUUCUUUUUUUCCUCCCCCCCGUCCCUCCCCUGUCAGCUGCUAAAUGGAAAUAAACCGAGGGACUGAAAGUGGAAGCAGUCGAGGCGAUGAUCUUCCCGUCCGUCACCUUCGCCUCCUGGCUCCGCCGUUGCAGCUCCUAUCAGCUGCAGUGUGGCAAGUUGUGCAGCAGGGACUUGUGGAUCACUACGGGAUGCUGGAGGAGUUUGUUACCAUGGUGACGGAGCUGGUCCCAGAGCUGAUGAGCUACAGUCAGAGGGCUCAGCUCGUCCUGGGACUCAGGGCCAGGCUGGUCCUGGAGAUGUGUCGAGGUGAGCACCCGGCGGACAUGCAGAGCAUUCAGCCGCACUUGGACAGAAUCAAGGCUCCUGUCAGCACUGCCAAGGAUCACCAUGUGACCAUCAACCAGGUGGAAGAGUCUGAGGUUAACUUUGUGGAGUUGGUCCAUUCAUUGCUGGAGGACCCUUCUGAAAGAAAAUACUUUUUUGAGGAAAUCUUCCCCUUAUAUUUUGGGCCAAAGUAUGAAGCAGCACUGGAGAUGCUGGUGUGGGAGUUUAUAUCCCGACUGGAUGAGCUGCUGCCAGUUCCAGAUUUCACACAGUUGGCGGCCUUGGUGGAAGACGCUCCGUCAUUCCUAGACAACUGUUUACAGUCCCUCUUCCCGCCGGAGGACAUGAAGGCUGUACUCGAACACCACAGAAACCUCGGACACUUCGAAGAGAAAGAUCCUAGAUUAUUGCCGAUGGAUGACUGCAUACUCUCCUCCCUGUCGCUACCUCCUGGGACCAAACCUGUCACAAACACCGCCGCCUGCUCGCCUCCUCUCAAAGACUCGGCCUCUCCAGAGGACAAAGGGCGUCUCGAUGCCCCCAUCAGCACGAGCAGCCUGGAGCAGGCGUGCAUGAGGAGCUCCGAGACGAUCAGACAAAGCCUCAAGGAGACAAAGGAUUCUAGCAGUUGGCACGGACAUGUUAGAGGCGGGGGCGUUUCUCAGGAGAGGAAAGUGCAGAACUCAAUUAGCACGCGACCGUGUGACGACACCAUAGACCUCACGACACCUAACGAGGGUGCGUACGCAAACUCGGUAGCCAAUGGGGACGGCCGAAGCUUAAGGGGAGCGAGGAUUCUCAGGAAGAGGAAGCUCAGCGAAGGUGUAGACAUCCCCACUAAGCUGCCUGUGGAGGCUUUCUUUGAUUCCUCAGUGGAUGAUGAGAAUUCGGGAGAAUCUCCUCUCAUCUCAAUAUUGGGAGAAUAUACAGACUCUCAGGAAGGUUUAUUGCCAGUUGUGACAGACUCAAAGGUUCCCUGGUCAGACGAGGAGACGCUCAAUCUGCUCGACAUUUGGGGGAAGGACUCGGUGCAGCGCGCUCUGCAGGGCUGCUUCAAAAACCGUCACAUAUUCACGCAGAUCGCACAGAAGAUGGCGGAGAGGGGCUACAUGAGAUCCGUGGAACAGUGCCAGACGAGGAUCAAGCGGCUGAAGAAAUGUUUCCGCCAGAACAGAAACAGAGGAAACUCAAAGCUGGAGAAUAAAUUCUACGAGAAGCUGGAGUGCGUCCUCAGCUCGGCCGUGCCUUUGGCUGUUCCUGAGGUCACCUACGACGUUGACGACGUCGCAGAUGAAGAUGACGCUGAUGAGGACUUGCAGUUUCUCGGCCAGGCGAGCUUUCCAGAAAUAGGAACUAGAAGCGUUCCCUGGACAGACAUGGAGACGUUGGCCCUCAUCAACACGUGGGGCGACGACAAGAUGCAAAAGGACCUGAGAGGGAUGCACAGAACCGGACACAUGUUUUCCAUCAUGUCCAACAAGAUGGCCGCCCAGGGCUUCUCCCGGACGCCGGAGCAGUGCCAGACACGACUGAAGAGGCUGAAAUCCAACUUCAGGCAAUGCUACCAAAACAACUUGAAGACACAGGGGCAGGUUGAGUGCAAGUUUUACAACGAACUGGGAAGAAUUUUAGUGAAGGACUUCCCCUCAGUGCCGCAGAUGAAUGAAAUACCAGCAGAGCCCGAGGACAACGACUUCUCUGCCUUCUCCCAUCAUGAGACUGAGUCUGUUGUGGGGAUUCAAGAGGACAGGAAGAAAGUCCCGUGGUCGGACAAAGAGACAGUUAUCCUUCUGGAGAUAUGGGGAGACGCACAGGUCCAGCAGAGCCUGAGACGCUACCCACACAACGGUCACAUUUUUACCCAAGUAUCAGAGAAACUCGGCGCCAACGGCUACUCCCGCAGUGCAGGUCAGUGCCACACCAGGAUCAAACGGCUGAAAGCAAACUAUCGCCAGUGUCAGGAAAACAUGAGCUCGUCAGGGACUGACAGAGUCGAUUUUAAAUUCUACUAUCUGCUGGAACAAAUCCUGGACAAGCAGCCGUCGACUUCCUCCACUGUGAUAACCGACUCCAUUGAAAUAUCCGAAGACUCCAACGCGGAAUCAGUGACUGAAACAGAUGGAGAAAUCGCCAUGUCGACAGAGAAAAUGUCCCCCAGCUCGUGGUCCGAUGAGGAGACGCUGGCGCUCAUCAACAUCUGGGGCGAGGAGUAUGUUCAGAAGGCGCUGAGGGGUUUGAUCCAUAACGGACACGUGUACGCAGACAUUUCGGAGAGAAUGCAGGACCUUGGCCACUCGAAGACCUCGGAGCAGUGCCGGUGGAAGGUCAAGUCCCUGAGGAACAACUUCCGACAGUGCUACGACAGAAAGAAAUGUGGAAGACAAGUAGAUUAUAGAUUCUACAACCAGCUGGAACAAAUCCUGGGACAUGAGGCAGUUUCUAUUGACGAGUACGACGAAAGAGAAGAACAAACCGACCAGGACCCGGUCGGUGUAGAAGGCGUGAACACGGUUUGGACCGAGCAGGAGACAGCCGCUCUCGUUGAGGUGUGGGCCGCCGACGACGUGCAGCACAGCCUGAAAACCUGCGUCCGCAACGGGCACAUAUUCGCCGACAUAUCGGAGAGAAUGACCUCGAUGGGAUACCUGAGGACGGCCGAUCAGUGCCACUCCCGCAUCAAAAGGCUGAAAAAGACGUACAGGCGAUACUGCAACAGCCGGAGAAGCGGAGGACGGCCCGCAGCGUUCCGAUACUUCCAUCUUCUGGCCCCAGUGCUUGGUGACGACUCUGUGCACGCGGAUGUGGACAGUACUGCUGCUGACGCCACCUUACAACCCUUUAUGGACAAGGAUCCUGACUUGUACGAGCAGCCGUCGACCAGCCACCUCCUGGCCGACCUGAGCAGGAAGAUGCCCUGGUCGGACCAGGAGACUCGCACGCUGCUGGAGAUCUGGGGUGAAGACAGCGUCCAGCACACCCUGAGGGGCUGCCUGAAGAACCGACACGUGUUCAAGUACGUCUCCGAGAAGAUGGGCGACCGAGGAUUCAUACGGACCUCGGAGCAGUGCUACACCCGCAUCAAGCGCCUCAAACAUGGCUUCCUCCAUGAAAAGGAGGAAUUUAAGUUCUUCAGUGAGAUGGAGGAAAUCUUCAGGAAGGAGUUGAAAUUGGACGGCUCGGUCGCUGACACAUCAGCCACGGAGGAGCCGGAUGACUGUGCACCAGAGCCGAGCCCAAAGAAAGCUGCCUCCAGUAACCAGUGGGUGGCUGACAGCACGAAGCUGCCCUGGAGCGACGGGGAGACCCAGGCCCUGCUGGACAUUUGGGGCAGUGAGGAGAUCCAGGAGAACCUGAAGGGCUGCACCAAGAACAAACACAUCUUCGUCCAGAUCGCUCAGGUCAUGAGCAGCCAAGGCUACGUGCGAACUCCCGAGCAGUGUCAGACCAGGAUAAAGAGGCUGCGAGCCAAUUUCAGACACUUCCUAGAGGGAAGAAAAGGAGAUAAGCAGGAGUGCAAGUUCUUUGACCAGUUGGUGCAUAUAUUUGGCAGCAAAUACACAAUGACCUCUGACCCCCUGGCCGACGAUGCACCCGAAGUUGUAGAGGGGCUGAAUGGGAGAACGCAAAUGUCUGCGUUUCUCUGGACAUUUUAUGGAACUUUUCCUGCCAGCAGAGGGAAAAACCCUAACCCUAACUUUCUCCUUGGCUACCAAAGGAGACGCAGUAGCAAAACAACUAGAGCCACACCAGCUCGUUUCAAGUUGCCUUUAAGGAGCCCGGUUGCUGUGAAAUAUAAUUGUUUGUCAGCCAUUUUUACAAUUUAAUAUCUAAAAUAUUUUCUGUCUGAGCCAGAGUCAUGAAACUGUCCGCCAUCAUGAAGACGACACGGCGACAAGCAGACGGACAAAGAGAAAACAUUCACAGGAAAAAAAAUAACAAGGACAUUAAUGGAGAAUCUAUGAUAUGCAGAGGAGUGUGUUUACAUACGGCUGAGGAGAGUCUGUCCAGGCUCACUGGAAUUUACUUCAUGCCUCUGUGUACACUUCAGAUACUUUUACAUUCUUCUGCCACAACGACCUACUUUAGGCUGUAGUGCAGUGUGCGUGUGCGUGUGCGUGUGUGUGCGUGCGUGCGUGAGUGAGUGUCUCAACCAGUGUGUCAAUGUGUUUUUUUUAAUAUUAGAGCCAUGCCACUAAAACCAAGAUGCUCAGGGCUUGAGGGACAAAAAUUAAAUAUCUGAUCUUGACCUGGUGAACGUCUGAAAAGGUUGUUUUUUUUCUCCGAGUGUUUGAUUCUCUUGUACUUGAACUUAAAGUGAGCGAAUCAAAGCACAUGCAAAAGAAAGACACGCAAAGGCCUCUAUCACUGUAACCACAGCCUACAUUAUUCUUUUUACUCGACUUAUUUCAGGACUCACUUGUUAAUAAUUCUGCCUUUCAACUUGUUUGUAAAUGUUUGAAAUACGAGUGGUGAAUUAUUUUUCUUUUGUUCUCGGCGGGAGUUCAUCUUGUCGAGAACUUUAUUUAUUUAAAGUUGCUGUUUACAUGUGUACUGUGUUCCAAAGUUUUACACUUUACUUUGAAUAUGUUUCACUUCAAACCUUAUCGAGGCCCAUUCUUUUCCACAAAUGUGUAGAGCUUUUGCCGCAUCCAUUAAAAGAAACUUGAAAUUUGG